AUGAUCUCGACAGUUGCAGCAUUAUAUAUCACCACAGUGGCAUUGGAAGCGGUUUUGUCUGUAUUUAUUACAAUCAAAACCUUCCUUCAACCAAGAAAAGUUCGCUAUGUUAUGCUAAUCUUCAGUUUGAUUACGUUGGCUGCGAGUAUCGUCAACACACUGUCCCAUUUAAAUCUGAUAACAAGUCAUUGGAACUCAUUUGCGUAUCUGGUAUCAACAUUGUUUAUGCUUGCUUUGCAUUACUGGCUAAAUUUAGAUAUUGGCAAGCAUCUUAGAGUGGGUGGCAUCGAUUGGAAACACCCGCUUGUCUUGGCUGGUGCAGCAGGCCUUGGUGGAUCCAUGACUUGCCUGACAACUCAGGUCAUCAUAUUGCUCAUUCGAAAUGAACCAUAUCCAAUCCGUGCAGCAUUCAUUACCGGUGUAUGCUUAGCUAUCGCUUGUGAUGGUGCGGCCUAUAUGUACUCAUUUUCCUCGUUGAUUUAUUUGAAAAAGCACAGAAUCCAUGAAGGACAGGCAAAGACAACAUCUUUAGGUGUAUGGUUCUUGCUGAUUCAAUCUACAUGGUACAUGGUCUAUGGGGUGCUUUAUAUAUGGUUCUUCUUUCAGAGUUGGGAAUACUUUCAGGCGUUGCUUGUGCUUGAUUAUUUGGCCAGAUUUGUCCUUUGUCUGAUGUUUACUUGGGCACCACCCAACUUUGUGAUUACAUUCAUGGCGGGCAGAUUGUUUUCGGACUUGUCGCACAAGAGUAUUACUUUGAACGACAAAGCUGAUUAUCAUACGCAUACACAAACGCAAGACAAAGUACAAGAAGACGAUAUUGAAUCGAAUAAUAGAAAUGAUAUGUUUUAUGCCAGUCAUGUAGCUAUUGUUAGUAGCAAAUAA